CUUUGUGAUUAAUCAAGGGCAAAUGUAGCCAUCACACACCUUUCCAACUGCACCACUUGUCCUUGUUCUAACAUGCUUAGCUACCUCAGAGUGCAUGUCAUUCCCCAAAUGCAUGUAUAUUAACUUGCUACUUCUACUGCCUUGACCUUGCAGUUAACCAGCAAGCAUGAGACCAUCUCAGGUUCGAUACAUAUCAGCACUUGACUCUGACCUCUCUCUGUAUCUCUACCCUUAGCAGCUUGGAUCACUUUCCUCCACAGUCUUGAGCUGUCGAUUCCUUAGACAUGGGGAGGCACUCAUGCUGCUACAAGCAGAAGGUGAGGAAGGGGCUGUGGUCUCCCGAGGAAGAUGAGAAGCUGGUGAAGCACAUAACAGAACAUGGCCAUGGGUGUUGGAGCUCCGUCCCUAAGCAAGCAGGUCUGCAGAGGUGUGGGAAGAGCUGCAGGUUGAGGUGGAUAAACUACCUACGGCCUGAUCUCAAGCGAGGGACGUUCUCGGAGCAGGAGGAGAGCCUCAUCAUUGAGCUCCAUGCAGUGCUGGGAAACAGGUGGUCGCAGAUCGCAGCUCGGUUGCCGGGUAGGACCGACAACGAGAUCAAGAACUCGUGGAACUCCUGCAUCAAGAAGAAGCUCCGGCAGCGAGGCAUCGACCCCAACAGUCACCAGCCUCUCGGCGACUUCAAGAUGCCAACUGCGACCCCGGAGAGCUUCAACCGUGCAGUGGCCGAGAAUUCAAUGGCGUCGACCUGCCUAUCCGAUCCAAUGGCUGUCUUCUCCCUCGCACAGUUGAGCUUUCGCCCUGACGACAGUCCCCAUUGCAGCACAGUGAUCGAUAGUAGUCGGAGCAGCAUGAGCAAAGCUAAUGGAGUGGAGUUACAGAGCAGCUGCUCCUUCGACGGUGGCAUCCUCCCUUGGUCAGAGUUGGCCCCGGACACGGAUGCACAGCUCCACCUCGAAGGGGAGUCAGAAGACCUCAAAUGGUCGGAAUACCUUCAAGGCGUCUUCCCAACACCAUCAGCAUCCCAAACCCAAACCCAACAGUUUGGUGCUUGGUGCUUGGCACCAGAACCAGAACCAGCAACAGUUUCUGCUUUCAGACAUCCAUGACAAGGAUUUCUAGAUGAUGCAGAUGGGUUCUGGCCAACUUUAGAUCGUCUAAUCCCAACUCAGAAAGAAGAAAUUUAGAGACAGUGACUCGUGUGUGUAUGUCAUCACAUAUCGAGUAAGAUUUCUACUCCUAGUUUACUGUUUCGGUCUGCUUUUCCUAUCUCAAUGUCAGUCACUCUCAGAGAUGCAAAAGGCUUGUAUCUCUGCAGACAUGAUUUGUAGCUGGUGGUUUGAGAGGCCAUUGGUGUGGGUGUCUCUUUAAUGCAUGGGCUCCUCCUGAUGCUGAUACCUUUUGUUGCA